CACGGAUAGACUGAGCCGGCUAUGAGUACGUGCGUGUUGAGGGAAAUCAGAAAAAAGUCGUGGACAUUGGCAUCGUAGUUCAUGUGCACGGUUGUACAGAGGGCGCCUCACACUGAGCUCGGCUAAAAGCGACCCAUGGCGCCUCCUUCUUCUCUCUGCUGGUACAUAUAUAUAACCCGUUGAUGUCCUUCUCCCACUUGAAGCUUUCUAGAAACUUCUGGACUAUAUUUGUAGUGCAACUAGACGAAAACAUUUUAAUAUCUUGUAAAGGUAUGGAAUAUUCGUUGCAAGAUACACUGGACACACUUGAAGAUAAAAAGGAUGAACGGAAAAAAACUAUAGAAGACUUGACAAAUAGAAUAUCAAACAAUGAAGUUUGUGCUAUACAAGCAUCAAGCUCUACAGAAGACUUAAGAAGAAAGAAAGAAAGUAUAUUACAAAGACUAAUAGGGGAAGUUCAACAAAUACAACCUGAGAAUUAUACAAUUCUAAAAACACCUGAUUCUCAUGCAGAAGUUUUUAGAGAAAUGGAAGAUGAGAUUCAAGAUAUGCAGUUGAUCCUUAAUAAACUUGAAAAAACACUUACUGAUAUUCAAGAUGAUAUUCAAUAUUUAAGAAAUAAGAAGAGCGGAUUAGAUAAAAUGCGAGAAACUUAUGUAGGUUUCACAGAAACAUUUGCAGAUAGGACGUACAAAAAUGAACAAAUUUUAACAAAACGCAUAUUUCAAAAAGUGAAAGAUGAUUUGUAUACUGUUGUUAACACGAUUUUUCCUGAUAAUAACAAAUUCAAGGAAUUUCUAGCGACAUUAACAUCAGCUUACAUGAAAGGCGGUGAUGAUGUUUAUGUGAAUGUCACACCAGAGAUUCUAGAUUGUGUAAACUUUCUACUGGAAGCUGACAUAGUACAAUAUCAUCGUAAUGACAAAAAUAAAGUUAAAAUGACUGAGUUAUUAUGAUAUCAAAUGAAUACCUAAUCCUUAGUUUAUUAUACAAGUAUUGGGAGAUCAUAAAUUUGUAAAGCGUAUGUAACCGUAAUUAUUACCAAAACCGCUAAAUAAUAUGGCAGAUAUCUUUUUUUACCACAAAAAUGGAGUUCUUUCUCUUAA